AUAUAAACUAAAAAGCAAAUAUCCAAUCCAGACACCCUCUUGUCUUCUCCAGGACUUCAUCAAUAUCUUACAGGUGUUUGGAACAAAUGGCUUUGGUUACAACUGCUGAAGUCUGUGAUGCAAAUACACAGCUUAUUGUCAGUGGCGAACUUCGGGCUCUCCAGCCAAUCUUCCAAAUAUAUGGUCGGCGCCCUAUCUUCUCUGGACCUAUAGUUACCCUAAAGGUAUUUGAAGAUAAUGUUUUGAUCCGUGAAUUUCUUGAAGAGAAGGGUAAGGGCAGGGUUCUCGUUGUAGAUGGUGGUGGCAGUCUGAGGUGUGCUAUUUUGGGGGGAAAUCCUGUUGUGCAAGCUCAGAAUAAUGAAUGGGCUGGUAUUGUUGUUAAUGGCUGUGUAAGGGAUGUUGAUGAGAUAAAUGGGUGUGAUAUUGGGGUGAGAGCUCUUGCUCCGCAUCCAAUGAAGGCCAAUAAGAAAGGAGUUGGACAGAAGCAAGUCCCAGUAACCAUUGCAGGGACUAGAAUUUGUGAUGGGGAGUGGCUUUAUGCAGAUACUGAUGGUAUCCUGGUUUCUCGAACAGAGCUGUCUGUUUGAGAUCUUUUUCAACCUAAGCUUGAUCUCGAUGAGGUCUUCUGCUGCCAGCCAUCUAUUCUGAAAUAAGCCGUGUAAUGUAUUAUGGAUCUCUGACAAUGAAGGUAUGAUUAUCUUAUCGUUAACCUUCUGCUAUGUGUGGUAUAUCAUCGAUUUACUAUAACACUUGACUGUUGCUGGAUGAGUUGAAAGCACU